ACGGAUCAAAUCAAUGAUGUCAUUGAUGAGCCGAUUGGCGUUCCCUUUCUUUUGUCCUGUUUAUUUUGCGGUCUUUUUUUCACCGCAUAUAACCGCUCAAGUACCGUCAGCUGAGUCAGUAUUUCACGAAACUCGACAAGGAAGUGGGACUACGUCUGUUUUCUUCGGCAAGGGAAUUAACGGUCACGGAUUAAGAUAGAAACAUGGAAACUGGCCGUUAAAACAACAUAGCACUCUGGUAUCUGAGCAGAAACAACAUAUCUACGGUUUGUUUAAAAGACGACUAGACACCCAAGCUACAACAAGUAAGGACGACAAUUUCAUCGGCAGGGUAACAGCUCAACAAACAUCUAUCGUGACCGACUGAAUUUGUUUUCAAGGUUGAAACCAUGGCUUCUAUAUCCCAACGCAACCUCCUAUUGGUGCUAUGUACCCUGUCCGUCUUUAUCGCGGUCGCGUCGUCGCAACAGUGCUAUACAAAUGCAGACGGAACGAUUAUCUGGGGGAGCCUUCCGUCGAUGAGACCCACCACCUCCAAUCUGGACUACCAGAACGACGGGCAGAGGCGGGGAACUCUCAGCGAUAUGGCCAGGGGUUUUGUCAGUAUGGUCACGCCGCCGGCCGCAGUGAGCAGCCUUAUAGAUUAUCUAGCAGAAAAAGUUCAAGAGGUGUAUAACGAGGUCUUUAGCUUCGUGAUCUGGGAAGAGAUUCAAGCGCUGGCGGCCAUCUUGGUGGGCAUCAUAGUCUGCCUCUCAUUGGGCCUGGCCUACAUCCUCCUCGUGCUCUUCGUCGGUCCCAUCUUCGGCUGCUGUCGCUGCUGCAAUAACUGCGGCGGCAAGCGCAUGCAGGAACCGUCCGGUUGUCCUGGCUGUAUGCGGGUCUUCUACACGGUGUUCCUGCUGUGCAUUACCGGUGUGCUAUGUGCCGGAAUGGCGUACACAAAUUUCUCCAACGACUUCCUCGGUUACGCCUACACGAAAAGCGAAUCCUCGUCUAUUGCUGUCAUCUCAGAUAUGCAGUCAUUCAGCACGGACACCCUGAAGCAAAUGGAGUACAUUACGGACGAUGAGUUUGGUAUUGUCGACUGUCUUAUCAGACGUGACAUACAGAACAUUGGAGAUGAGAUUGCGGAUCCUUUGGUGGUAUAUCUCAAGACGGAUGCUGGCGUUCAAGUUGCAAUGGAUGCGUUCACUAACCUGACGACGGAUCUGAAUGAUGUGUACAUGUCGUUGGAGACCAUCAAUUCUUCCAGAAGCGAUGUGAUCGAUGGAACAGCUCAGGUGGAAGCUUCACUGGUGACAGUGAAGGCAGCUUUAGAUGGCUUAGUACCCUGCACUGGCUGUCCAGAUGCCACAAACUUGGCUAAAGUUGCAGACUAUUCAGCGCUUCGUGAUAUGAGCACCGAGAUGGAAAAAGCAUUAGGUGCCAAGAAUGUCGCAGAUGUCUUGUAUAAUGGCUUUGAGCAGGCUCUGAACAACAUCUCCACGGAGAUUGACAAAUCGGCCAGUUCUGCGGUCACUGAGGUAGAGACCCUGUUGGAUGAAACCAAGGCGACGAUCGACCAGAGCUUUGCCGAGAUUUCACAAGCGUUGGUAAACUUUAAUACUACACUUGCUAGUAUUCAAUGGGAAAUCAACAGCUUUUUCAAGACAAUCAACCAGUACUGGGAUUACAGAUACUAUGGGCUAAUUGGUGUCACCUGCCUGACUCUUCUGAUUGUGCUGUUCAAUGUGAUCGGCAUUGCCAUGGGAACCUUUGCCUACAAGGACGUCCUGCCCACGGAGCGGUCCCGCAUGUCCAACGCUGGUGGAAACGUGCUCAUUGCGGGUGUAUUUUUCUCCAUCCUUUUUGGGCCGAUCCUGAUGUUGAUAUGCUUUGCUGGGUUUGCCGUGACGGGAUCGACCACCUUGACCUGUGAGCCACUCAACACCUACGAGAUCUUUGAAAAGACUAUUGACAAGAAAGACUUCCUAGAGCCCGGAUAUUUUCUGGGCGGCAUUUUGCUUGGCAAUUCAUCCAUAGAGCUGACGGCAUCGUCCAUCCUGACGGAGUGCAGUGAAGAUGCAGCCAUCUUCACUGCCUUGUAUCUGUCGGAAUUGUUCAGCGUGGAUAUGAUCUCGGAGGAAUUGAAUAAGGGGAAAGCAGAGGUUUUGGAUAAGCUCAAGAACGAAAUUGACAUCCCAUAUUUGAACCUUGUUCCCGAUAGCUUGAACGACGAUCUGAACAAUGCCUUUUCUGCUAUUGGCCUAGGGGGCAUAGAUUAUAAUUUUAUAAAAACGGUGAUGGCGGCCCCUGUGACAGUGUCAAACCUGACGUCCUUCGCUCAAGACCUUAGAGUUGCAGCUUUAAUUUCUGGAAACAAUGCUUCUGAACUGAACAGGUUGGCAGAUGAACUGGAUAGGAUUCGCACAGUGGAAGUUGAAGCUGUUAACACCCAAAAGGCGCUCAUUGUCAACAACGCUGACAAACUUGUUGCCCUUAACAUAGAUCUGCCAGGCAGCAUCAUGAACACUGUAACUGCGGCAGAUAGUGCAGAGUCUAAAGUCAACCUACCAGCAACGGACGAGAAAGUUCAAAAUAUCACAACGGACUACGUGAACAAAGUGUUCAACUACGCGGACCAGUAUGUGGAUAAGGUGGACUCGCAGUUGGACGAGGACGUAGCCAAGUGUCAGCCUGUGUGGCAGGCCUACGACACAGCUGUGAGCCUGCUGUGCUACUACAUCUUUGAUUCUGUGAACACCCUCUGGUUCACCACGGGCUGGUGCGCCAUCUUCCUCCUUCCGUCCAUCUUCGUCUCGGUCCGACUGGCCAAGUACUACCGCAUCAUGGACGAGGAGGCCCCGCCCAAGGCCAAGAAGUCCAGGAGGGGGGCGUCGUCCUCCCGGGGGAGGCGGGUCAACCAGGACAUGGCCUUGGAAGACCUGCCCGAGGACGGCCACCACACAGGCCAUGAUAACAUCCGCUUAGUGGAGAGCUUAGGUCAGGGUCAGGGAGGCAUGCAGCCCCAGCAGAACCCACACUACAUUCCAGAUGAUGUGAUCAAUGGCUACGAUGGCUACAACAACCUGGGCCGCCCCAUGGCGCCCCCACCGGCCUACCACCCUGCUCGGCAAGGAUCUAGCAUGGAGGUGCCAAUGGCGUAUCCUAACUGGGGCAGGCAACGAGCCGUUGCAUACGACGAUGACCACCCAUCUACGUCUUUCCUGUCACCCGACUCAUUCGACCAAUCGGCUGUGAGCCGACAGUCCUCAUUUGAAGAUGGUACAUGGCCUGUUUCCCCCAUUUUUCCCCCUUCAAAAAGACACACCCCCUUUUGUGGUCUAUGUAGACUAUACUUCUGUAUUCAAAAUGUAGCCUUCCCAGUGAUUAUCCCUGGUCCGUACCCCCUGUCUGAGCGAAGCACCCUCUUCCGACAGCCCUCAGAUCCCUUGUUUGCCCCGCCCCGCCCAGCAGUCUACUGUACCCUCUCUCCAUCCAUGGUCUAUCCCCCAACCAACCCCCGUCAUAUCAUAGUGCAACCCUCCCAGGCGGAUGAUCCCCCAUCCCCACACUACGAGAACACCCGUGAAGUUAGGUACCCCCAGCAGCCCCGAGUGAUCCCGGUCCCGCCCCCUGUUCCCCGGACCCAACCCCUAGCCCCCUUGACCCGACCUCAAGCUCCACCCACUUCCCUCCCUGGUCCCCUCCCCUCGAUUCUGAUAUCGCCGGGAAUGCUUCGCAGACAGCAUCGAGUGGUGUUCCGUCAGCCCACCUUCUCCCCGCCUCCAUCUCCCCCACUUCCCCCUCUCCCAACCUCUGAGCCCCUCCCCCAACCUGACCUCCUCCCGCCCACAAUUGUCAGGCCACGCCCACAGAAACUCCUGCGGCGUCAAUCAGCCAUUUCAUCAACAUCAUCAUCGCCAUCAUUUCCAUCGACAUCAACAACUCAAUCUGCGCCACCUAUUCCGCCACCCCGAGCCUCAUCAUCCUUGUCAACGAUUUCCGGUCGCUCAUCGGUGUCCUGUAGAUCCCCGGUUCCCGUGCCCCCUCCGAGAAUCCAUAUUCAGCGACAGGCCAGUCAAAACAACGACCAACCCAUUGGUAACCGCGGCAUGUCAGACUACGACCGAAAUGGCCCGUACGGCCAUCACGGGUACAAUCAGCCGGGUAUGUCCGGCCACCGUCCGUCAGGCAUGCCGGCAGUGGAGUCGGACCCGUACAGCUACGGUUACAGCCAGGACCCCAUCCAACGACGCAAUCGCGAGAGCGUCGUGCAAGACAUGCAAGAGUACAACAAGAAACCGCGCAUCGCUACGUACCUGUAAACAAAAAAGUAGAUCUGAUAUGAGAUUGAUAUUGAAUAAAUCUUGAUUUUGGUGAGGGACGUGUUGUUUUCUUCAACAUGCAUGGCAUCCAAAGUUAGGCUGAGGGUGCCAUGUGCGUUUGUUUGUGGUGUGAAUCGAGGACACACACGUCAUCGAUGAAUCGAGGACAUGAACCAAAUUGAGGACUCCUCGGUUGGAAAACGUGUACAAAACUAAUGAGAGCUGUUUGCAAAACUAGAGUAUAAACAAAAGAAAAGGGAAGAGGAACAACAGAAAAUCCUCGAUUUACACCAUAAACAAAUGUAUGUGUCUGUGAGGGUGUAAAAAAAAUUCACGCUGCACGCUUCGUCACGCACUGCCCCAAUAAAAAAGGCCGAAUGUAAAACAUUUAACCCUAAUCGCCCUGAAUCCUUCAAAAUCUUCUUUGCCAAAGUGGAGGAAUUUGUAGGAUUAAGGUUACAUUACAAAAGUGCGUUA